UUUAACGGAAGCUCAACGGAAACCAACUCCUCUACAUUUAGCACCAAUUCAGUACAGAAUCUUCGUUUGUUCUUUCUUUUUAUAAUGACUAAGAGGAAAACGUUACAAUAAAAUAAAGCUAGAUGAUAAUUAGACUUCUUGCGCUACAUGACGACGGAUUAGAGUUUUAUAGCUGCGUAUACAGUCGAUGCUUAGCCAGUCUUGCUAACACUUAAUCAAACCCUGAGGUAAAAACAAAGAGAAAGAAAAAUUUAACACACCGUAGAAUUUUUUUUUGACCUAUCUCCGUCCUGUGGAAAUAUUUCAGGAUUACCGGCUCCGGUCUCCGCUGAUCACACACACUCUGAGGGACUGGGUAAGAGCUGUGUGUUGUGUAUCAGCUGGUGUGCGGGUCAGUUCGGACUACACGCGUUAACCGGGAUGAUGAUUGUGGACUGUGCCGCUGUGCUGCUCGGUGUGCUGCUGCUCACGCCGCUCUGUCGGCCCUCGGUGGAAGCACUCGCGAGCUCGUCGCCGCCGGACCCGUGCUACGACGAAAACGGGCAGGCGCGCCGCUGCAUCCCGGACUUCGUGAACGCUGCGUUCGGCCGGGAAGUGCGCGCGUCCAGCACAUGUGGCCAGAAGACACCGAGUCGCUACUGCUUGGGGACGGAGAGAGGCGGUGGAGAGAGGAGCCGCGAGUGCCGCAUGUGUGACGCGUCAGACCCCAAAAGGCGCCAUCCGGCUUCGCACCUCACCGACCUGCACAACCCUCACAACCUUACGUGCUGGCAGUCCGAGAACGGCAUACGGUACCCUCAGAACGUGACGCUGACGCUGUCUCUCGGUAAGAAGUUCGAGGUGACGUAUGUGAGCGCGCAGUUCUGCUCGAUCCGUCCGGACUCGAUGGCCAUUUUCAAGUCCAUGGACUACGGCAAGACGUGGGUUCCGUUCCAGUACUACUCGAGCCAGUGCCGGAAAGUGUACAACAAGCCGAACCGGGCCGCCAUCACCAAGCAGAACGAGCAGGAGGCCGUGUGCACGGACGCGCACCAGCAGCAGCAACCGCACCAUCAGCAGCCGGUCUCGGGCGGCCUCGUGGCCUUCAGCACGCUGGACGGUCGGCCGUCUGCUCACGACUUCGACAACUCACCCGUGCUCCAGGACUGGGUCACGGCCACGGACAUCCGCAUCACGUUCAGCCGCUUGCACGGUGAGGAGCGCAAGGCCGAAGCAGAGGACGAGGAUGACUCGCACUUCUACGCCGUGUCCGACCUGCAGGUAGGCGGCCGGUGCAAGUGUAACGGGCACGCCUCGCGCUGCGUGCGUGAUCGCACCGGAGAGCUCGUGUGCGAGUGCAAGCACAACACGGCGGGGCCCGAGUGCGACAGGUGCAAACCGUUCCACUACGACCGACCGUGGCAGCGCGCGACCGCGAGAGAGGCCAACGAGUGUGUCGCAUGUAACUGUAACCUCCACGCCCGGCGCUGCAGGUUUAACAUGGAGCUGUAUAAGCUGUCGGGGAGGAAGAGUGGAGGCGUCUGUCUCAACUGUCGCCACAACACGGCCGGACGCCACUGUCACUACUGUAAAGAGGGCUACUACAGAGACAUGAGCAAACCCAUCACUCACAGGAAGGCCUGCAAAGCGUGUGAUUGCCAUCCUGUUGGUGCCGCGGGAAAAACGUGUAACCAAACCACAGGCCAGUGUCCGUGUAAAGACGGCGUGACGGGUAUCACGUGCAACCGCUGCGCUAAGGGCUACCAGCAGAGCCGCUCCCCCAUCGCUCCCUGCAUCAAAAUUCCAUCUGCACCACCAACGACCACAGCGAGCAUCACAGAGCAGCCGGCAGACUGUGACUCCUACUGCAAGGCAUCCAAAGGGAAGCUGAAAAUCAACAUGAAAAAGUACUGCAAGAAAGAUUACGCUGUUCAGGUGCACAUCCUGAAAUCGGACAAGGCGGGCGAGUGGUGGAAAUUCACUGUGAACAUCGUGUCCGUGUACAAGCAGAGCGAGAGCCGCAUCCGCCGAGGGGACCAGCUGCUGUGGGUCCGAGCCAAGGACGUGGCCUGUAAGUGUCCCAAAAUGAAAACAGGGAAGAAAUACCUGCUGCUGGGGAACAACGAGGACGCGCCGGGGCAGAGCGGCAUGGUGGCCGAUAAAGGCAGUCUGGUCAUCCAGUGGAGGGACACGUGGGCGCGGAGACUGCGCAAGUUCCAGCAGAGAGAGAAAAAAGGCAAAUGCAAGAAGCCUUAAAGAGAGAUGAACAUCUGAGACAGAGAGACGGACGAUCUGAACUCAAAUAUUCACACAGAUCUGACGCAGUACAGAGAGAGAGAGGCGAGCGAGCGAACACUGCCGCUCGGAACAGAGAACGGUUUCCUUAAACAGGAAGUGCACGCCUGUCACGAAGGAACUCACCUCACAGUUUGAUUUUCUUUCUUUCUUCACGUCCUUCAGCGCUCGCUUCAUGUGGAUUUGCACCGUGUCUCUGUAAAACCUCAUCACUCUCCCAAAUUCCGUUUACAGACCCAGGAAAGACUCUCAGAAACCCACAGAUACUCUCCUGCCAUCACCCGCUGCUGGGGCUCUGAUUCUCACUUCCUCCAGCAGUGAAACGAUGCCCAUGCUUGCGUUUACGUUGUACAUUUUUUUUACUCCAGCACACAGAAUAUUAAAUAAAAUCCUUUUUUUGUUUUGUUUAAAACAAGCCCACUAUUAACCCUCCACGGAAAUUUAAUCUCAUUAAUAUUCAUGACACAGUGGUAUUUUAUCGAGUUUACACGCAAAUGUACAUGUACGAUGCCUCACACACACACACACACACAAACGGUUUGAGAUUUUUAAUAGUUAAUUCCUUUAGCAGUCGAAAGCGAGCUGUUUUUUUUAAUGAGCAUGUUUAUUAAUGAAUCCCAUAAUGAAUUCCUAGUGAACAUGAGCGCUAAAAAAAACGUAAAAAACAACAUAUUAAUGUUUUAUUGUGGUGUGAAAUUUUAAUAUCAGCGCACACGCCUACGAUUUCCUUUUUCCAUCUGCUCUCCAUUUAUCUUAAAAAUGUUUUCCCUCCACACCAUUCAAAGCGUCUGACUCUCUUUACUAACGUGUUGAUCACAUGACCAGCACCUCAUGCUUGCGCUGGGUAAAGAGGACACAGGCGACGGUUAUAUUUACAACCUCAGUGAAACGUCGUUACAUUGAAACGCGGAUAACAAGACAGAGAAACGUGAAGGACAAUUGGCACGUCCAGGACGUCCCACGCGUUCGUACGACCUCAACACCGUGUGGUUUUUAACCGUUAAACAAGAAGAAACACAGCAACAUCUGGGACGGGAGAUGUUCGUCGUUCCGCUGUGGGCUUUCAUGACGACUACACACAAAGCAGAUGUCGAAGAUGAAGACGCUGAGAGCUGAAGAGUUUGUUUUAUUAAACCGAUUUCUGCUUCGUGAAUUCCACAUUUUAAAGUGGAAUAAAUAAAUAAAAGCGCAAACUUUUUUUCAUUUUAAGAUGGUUGUUGUAUUUUGAAUUCCUGAACGUAAUAUUAACACAAAAUCACGAUUUAAAUAGAAAAAAAAUCUAUUUACAGUUGAUUAGACGUCAUCUGGGGAAUUUUUAUUGAUUACGUUUCUGCUUCUUUAUCAUUUUUUUGUCGCUGUUCCGCAUUCUCGUAAUUGAACAUUUUUAAGAAGGUCCUCGUUUUCGUAUCAUUUCUGAACGAUACAGCUUCAUCAUUUCGGUCUUCUUCCCAACGUCGCCUCACGCCGUACUGAAGAUUUAUUUCAUAUCUACAGCAUAGACGCAUCGUUUUCAUUUUUACCUUUUUAUUAUCAUUAAAUUGUAAAGAUCAUAAUAACGCGUCAGUUGGUUUAGGAAAAGAUUUUGCGUACAUUUGAAAAGAGGAAGCGUAAUCACUCGUCUCACACUGACUGCUUUCUUAUUCCUUGUUUCUUAUAUUCUUUAUCCAGCUCGAAUCUCACGAGUUCACAAAUCCAACUUUUAAGCCCAGAUUUUAUUUGACAGGAGAGGAUGAUGGGUUUGUGUGUUAGCGUUAGUGUUAGCCUUCCACAGAAUGCUGCAUGUUAGUCAAGGAUCAUUUUGAUUUUGAAUGUAAUCGUGUUGUCGUUGUGGUUUUAAAAAAAAAAAAAGUUUAAUUCGUUUUGCGUUAAAAUAUAAGACAAUAUACAAGACUUUUCACUCAGGAGGGAGAUCUGCUCUGUGCUGUCUGUGUAGCAGAAACACACAGUCUUCAUUUCAGAAUAUUGUACAGUUAUUUUCAAGAGAGAAAAACACAACCAAGCACUCACGCUGAAACACACACACACACACACACACACAUCCGUGAGCACAUUCAGAGCUGAUUAACACUUUGAAUGAAUUUAAUAAAUCGUUCAAAUAUGAAAUAAAGCCUCCUUUUAAUCAUGUACACUAAUAAUCUCCACUGCAGUGCUGCUUAUUAAAAUCCCUCACAAAACAGAGCCAUCGCAGAUUGCCCCGUCAAAACUGGCAUUUUCUUAUUGUGUAGGAUAAUAAAUGUGUGUGUGUGUGUGUGUGUGUGUGUGUGUGUGUGUGUGUGUGUGUGUGUGUGUGGUACAUCACUCACAUACGGGUUUGGGGUUUAAUGAUCAAUAUUUGAAGGCAUAAAUACUAAGUGUGCAGUAAAUCAGUGUUUGUUUUAUGAGUAUAUCUGAUACACCUGCAGUUAUUUUGAUGUACUAAUGUAUGUGACAGUAUUUUAUUAUUAUUAUUUUUACCAUUUGAUUGAGUUUACAUGCCAAAUGCUUGAAACAGAAUCGGUGUGAUUACAGAAAUGUUUUAUUUGCUGUUAGGAGACGUGUAGGAUUUCAUGAGUGAUGACGGAAUAUUGUUCAAUACACAACUCUGGUGUUUUGAUUUUUUUUUUUCAUGUGAAAUUGUAAACGUUUCCUUUUUAUUCAAAAGCCAAAAUCACGUUGGUCAUGUGAUCAUUUCACAGUGGUUACAUGAGGAAAUUGUUGUUUCGCUUUGUGUCCUUUAUAAAUGAUCA